UUCAUUUUUCAUUUUUCUUGUAUACAAAUACGAGAUUCCAUUCUUCCUUCUACACCCAUUUUCCCAAGGCUGAAGAUUCAAAUGCGUGGCUCUGAAAUUUUUGUUGCUCUGUUUCUUCUGGCUGCGGCUGCUGUUCAUCAAGCUCAUGGGUGCGAUUAUUUUGAAGGGCGGUGGGUGGCCGACUCGUCGUACCCUCUUUACGACGCGUCGUCUAGUUGUCCAUUUAUAGAGAAGGAAUUUAACUGCCUCGGAAAUGGCCGCCCCGAUCAGCUCUAUCUCAGAUACCGAUGGCAGCCCUCUCGCUGCCUCUUGCCAAGAUUCAAUGGUGGAGAAUUCAUGAGGAAAUUCAGAAGAAAAACCAUAAUGUUCGUGGGAGACUCGUUGAGUUUGAAUCAGUGGCAAUCGCUCACGUGUAUGCUCCACAUGUCUGUUCCGCAAGCUACUUACACUCUUACUAGAAUCGGAGGAUUGUCCAAAUUCAUAUUUCCCGAAUACGAGUUGAAGAUCAUGUUCCUUAGAAAUGCAUUUCUGGUGGACAUUAUAGGCACGAGAAUGGGGAGAAUCCUCAAACUCGACUCCAUUGAGACUGCAAAUACGUGGAAAGAAGCUGACGUGUUGGUUUUCAAUUCGUGGCAUUGGUGGCUGCACACUGGGAGAAAGCAACCAUGGGAUUUGAUUCAAGAUGGUGAAGGCACGUACAAGGACAUGAAUCGUGUGGUUGCGUUUGAGAAAGGGCUGACAACUUGGGCUCGAUGGGUGGACCAAAAUGUGGAUCCUGCCAAAACCAGUGUCUUCUUCCAAGGCGUCUCCCCGGACCAUUCCGAUGGGAGUUUGUGGGGUAAGGCUGGAGGGAACUGCGGCGGAGAAACGAGGCCAUUGGGCGGCCCCGAGUACCCGGGGGGCCCACAUCCGGCGGAGGUGACGGUGGAGAGAGUGCUGCAGCGGAUGAGGAAGCCAGUUUAUUUGCUGAAUAUCACCACGCUGUCGCAGCUGAGAAAAGACGGCCACCCCUCCGUCUACGGCCACGGCGGCCACAACGACAUGGACUGUAGCCACUGGUGCCUCGCCGGAGUUCCGGAUACUUGGAACGAGCUCUUCUACGCAGCUCUCCUCUCAAACAACCAACAACUUUAAUAUUAUAUUAUUGCAAAUUUUAAAAAAAACAAACAAUCCCAAAC